CAAACAAUCGAAGAAUCCUGCACAUUCCUUACUAGAAUAAGAAUAACAUUUAAAUGUCUUUACAUGGCGGUAGGCGAAACGAGCCAUGUCGUUUAGGAGAUCUACAAAAUCGCAUUGCGUCGACUAUGCGUUUUAAAGCAACAUAAUGCAAUAAUUCGAUUCGCAUUUUCCUCUGAGAGAGAAAAAAUCUGGGACUAUUGUUAUAUCGCACGGAUACUUUUUGCUCAAGUUAAGAUGGAUUCGCCCAAGGAAUUACCUCCUACUUCAAUGACUUGAAUGCAAGCGAGUAAACACGAACGAUCUCUUAUUGGUAUGAGAUGUUGUUAGCCUCGGCCGUGGUCGUCUGGGAAUGGCUGAACGAGCACGGGCGCUGGCGACCCUACAGCCCGGCGGUGUCCCAUCACAUCGAGGCGGUGAUCCGCAGCGACCCUCGCGGCGCCGGGAGCGUGGUGCUGGGCCAGGUCGACUCGCGUCUAUCGCCGUACAUCAUUGACCUGCAGUCUAUGCACCAGUUUCGGCAAGACACCGGUACACUAAGACCUGUGCGGCGAAGUUUCUAUGAUCCACGGUCGGCUCCAGGUCAGGGUUGGGUUUGGGAAUGGGAGAACGACUCUGGUUCAUGGACGCCGUACGACACCGAGGUGAGCAUCGCCAUCCAGGCGGCUCGGGAUCGGCAGCAGCCCUGGCUGGACUUGACGCCGCUGGGCUUCUGCUACCUCAUAGACCUGCAGAGUAUGACACAGAUUAAUGGGCAGACGCAGCGGCGCCGGCGCAUCCAGAGGCGCUCAGACUUGGCCUACCCCCUAGUCUCUGGCCCACUGCCUAAGCCACAUGCAUGGUCAUCUGCUGGAAGUGGUGGACUGUUGGGUGUGGGUGUUUCAGGGGUCAGUGGAGGGAAUGGCAGUGCCUAUCCCAGUGGAGCGCUCCCAGCUUCUGCUAUUACUUCACUGGGUCAGCCGUGUUCCUGCCAGCAGUGUAUGUUAGUCUUAGGUGUCAAGACCCCAAGCAUGGCACAAACUCUUGGGCGGAAACCCCCGCCAUUACCCAAGCCGCCAAGUCCCAAAGCUCCAUCAAGAGGACACUCGUACUCGCUAACCCUGCCUCACCCUCCUUCCCUUUCCCGAGUCCUCUCGCCACAUAGGAACUCCACUUCGGGAGCUAGCGGAGGCUUCGGACACUCCCUCUCCCUGUUGGGCUCAGCCACUGCCGCUCUGUCCAUAUCCUCCAACCGUCCUCCACCACCUGCUGUACCGCCACCUCCGCCCCCUUCUACCACACCCCAUACCACCUCCAUGCCCAACCCUACAGCACCUACACCCUCCAGCACCCUUAUAUCUACAGCGACCACCUGCGCUCCCACGCCCUCUGCUCGUGUUCUUGGUCCCGUGUCGACAGCGUCAGCAGCUUGUGCCGCCCCGGUGCCGCCUCGCAGCAGUCUGGCUGGUCUUAGCCGUCCCGCCCUACAGAGAAUCGCAAUGGCACAGUCACGGGCACUGAUUGCAUCAGGAGUCCCCACCGUCCCUGUGAAGAACUUAAAUGGAUCCAGUCCUGUUCAUCCCGCUCUGGCAGGAAUCACUGGUAUUCUGAUGAGCGCUGCUGGACUGCCGGUCUGCUUGACCCGCCCACCUAAACUGGUGCUUCACCCCCCGCCUGUUAGCAAGAGUGACAUCAAACCCGUGCCAGGCCUCGGCCACUGCUGCCGGAAAACCACUAAAAAACAGGCCCGCAAAGGUAGGACUUCAGAAGAAGUUGUUAGGCGGUAUCUCCAGAAAGUCCGCAACCCACCUGAGGAGGACUGCACAAUCUGCAUGGAGUCUCUGUGCGGCCCGUCAGGCUAUAAAGGCCCAGGCGUGGGCGGUAUUUCUCGGGCCGAGUCAGUGGGCCGUCUGUCUCAGUGCGGGCAUCAGUACCACCUGCAGUGCCUGGUGGCCAUGUACAACAAUGGCAACAAGGACGGCAGCCUUCAGUGUCCCACCUGCAAGACCAUCUACGGUGUCAAAACCGGCAACCAGCCACCGGGCAAGAUGGAGUACCACGUCAUUCCACACUCGCUGCCCGGACACCCCGACUGCAAAACCAUCCGGAUUAUCUACAACAUCCCCCCUGGCAUUCAGGGUCCGGAGCAUCCCAACCCCGGGAAACCCUUCACCGCUCGUGGAUUUCCCAGACACUGCUACCUCCCUGACAGUGAGAAAGGCCGUCUGGUGUUGAAGCUGUUGCUGGUUGCCUGGGACCGCCGGCUGAUCUUCUCUGUGGGCACAUCCAGCACCACAGGCGAGACGGACACGGUCAUCUGGAACGAGGUGCAUCACAAGACCGAAUUUGGCUCCAACCUGACGGGCCACGGUUACCCUGACUCGGGUCACCUGGAUAACGUCCUGGAGGAGCUGCGGGCGCAGGGCAUCACUGAGGAGGAGUGUCUGAGGGACUGAAAACCCUGAAAAGUCCAAUUACAAAGACUGAAUGUUUCUUUCUGUGUUAGUGUUGCCAAAUCUGAAUUCAAUUCCCAGCUCUUGUUUCUCAAAUGACACUUUUGGAAAUCAAGGACUCUAAAAGGUUUAUAAUUCAUCAUCCUCAGUUAAUAUUCUUUUUUUUUUUUUGUCAGUGAUAUUAGCCCUCCUAUUGCUAAAGAAAUCUGAGCCUGUCAGAAGUGGGCUGCGAGAGCUGUAAUUAACAAACAAUAUUGCACUGUGCGCUAUUGUGGAGGAGCCGUUCUCUCUUUGAAAAACUCGAAGGACCUGAUAGAGUCCUCCCCACAAAAACCAGACUCGCUGCAGUGCAAUUUUGUCGCAAGUGGGCCGCAGACACGGAACAGUGUCUGCUCAACCAUUUAAUGUAUUGUAGUUCUGUGAAGGAUACGCAAAACAAAGGUACAUCUGUGCAUGUAGUUGUAUCAUUGGGCGCAGAGACGUUUAUGUCCUUGGUGUAACCGAGGCGGCUAACUUUGAAGCUCCAGUUGCAGUUUUAGAUGCUGGAACGUGAAUGUUUACUGCCCCAUAGUGGCACUUGUUAACAUAUACAUUCCAGUAACAACCAUGGUAUUUAUUUGACCACAUAGUUUUUUCAAAAUGUUUGCAGUAUUUACAUUAACCACUUAUAUUUGUACUUAUUUUAUUGUAUCUUACGUUAUUUUAUAUCGUCGAAACGAGAAACCUGUAUUGUCAUCGAUUUUUGGGAUGGAAACCAGUCUCUGUUUAGGGACGUUCAACUCAACCUGUUUUGUUAAUCAGUAUUAAAAAAAACAUACAUCCAGCCAAGGUGAUUCUGGCGGCCAACAGAGGAACAACGCACAAAUUUAGUGAAAAUAAACUUUUUUUUUUUUUGGUGAUUGGAUUUGCUGUCGGAGACAAAGGCCCUGUCCACGCGAACACGGGUAUUUUUAAAACCAAACUUUUUCUACACAUUUUUGCUGUUUGUCCACACAAAGUAUUGGGUGAAUGAAUUCGAAACUUUCUGAAAACUCCAACCAAGAUGAAGAUUUUCCAAAACUGCUACAGUGUGGUCGAAGUUUUUUUUUUGCCUCAUGACGGCAUCAUGCUGUUUUCUCUUUUCUGAUUGACCAAGGUGGCUGGGUUCACACCAAAUGCGGAAGAUGCAAAUGAGGCAAAAUUCCACACAUUUGCGGCAAACGCAUUGCAUAUUUCAUGUCGUUCGCCCUCAGGAUGGUAAUCCACCUCGGUUUUCACAUUUGCAUUGAUUUUUCUGCAAUUUACCUGUGUAAAUGCUUGCUUCCCGAUUUGUUGUGAACCCAGGAUAAGUGUCAUUAUCGCCCCCUGUUGGUUUGGCAUGUCCAUAAUAUCCAUCAAAGUGCGUAUUUUGCGUUGUUGUUUGAACGGAGGUUUUUUUUUUUUUUUUUGGUGAUUGGAUUUGCUGUUGGAGACGAAGGACCUGUCUACACAAACACGGGUAUUUUCUUAACCCCACUUUUUUUCUACACGGUUUUGCUGUUUGUCCACACGAAAAAGGAGUAUUGGGUGAAUGAAUUCGAAACUUUCUGAAAACACCGACCAAGGUGAAGAUUUUCCAAAACUCCAGCUACAGGGUGGUCGAAGUGUUUUUUUUUUUUUUUUGCCUCAUAACAGUGUCCAUGCUAUUUUCUCCUUUCUGAUUGGCCAAGGCAAAUGUUUACACCAAACGUGGAAGAUGCAAAUGAGGCAAAAUUUCUUGUGACAAAUGCGUCGCAUAUUUCGUGUCGUUCACCCUUGGGACGGUAAUCCACAUCUUUUGUUAUGUUUGCAUUGAUUUGUAUGCAAUUCGUACAAAUACUUAAUUCCUCGUUUGUUGUGAAUUCAACAUGAAAGUGUGAUUAUCACUCCCUGUUAGUGUGGCAUGUCCAUAACAUGUAUCACAUUGCAUUUUUGCAUCGUUGGAUAGAGUUUUUUUUUUAACGAAAGCGGGGAAAACUCCUAUGGACGUGUGGACAUGGCCUAAGAAGAUACGAACAGAGCGAAAUCUGCGUGAUCGUGCUUUUAAUAUGAUGUCAUCAGUUUCGAUUCUCCAAAAUUGAAGUGGUCUGCCUUUAAAGUGGUUACUAACGUACCCUGUUGAUGAAUCCUGUGGACAAGCUCUCUCCGGUUGCCUUUCUGGUCGGUACGCGGUAGGUCUGUGAUGGACCUGUUUACAAAGCUGUUGAUGAAGCGUCUGCAUGUAUGUACAUGCAAAUGUGUAAGCUUACAUUUAUAGUUGAUGUGCUGUAUGUAUGUGUUUUAUGUACACAAUUCUUUCCCCCCCUGCAUCCAAAAGCAUGUUGUGGAAGUAAAUGAGUAUUUCUUUUUCUUGUAUCAUUUUUUAUAAUAUACUUUGAAUUGGUUUAACUCUGUUUUUUUUCUUAUAAGCUAUUAGGGUUUUUUCCACUGUGAAGUUUUUAAUUUUCUUUUAUUGCACUUGUAUGAUUUGAUUUAUUGUCCAGCCAAGUUCCUCAUGAUAGUUGCUAUGGAGACAACAGUGAAAAUGGCAUCGCUGCCAGGACGAAAACUGUGAAGACAGAGAACGGAGCUAGGAGAACUAAUGUUGCUGUAUAAUAUAAAAUGUACAAAACAACUCUUGCAUAUUAAAUAGCCGCUGGAAUACUGAAUAAAUAUUAAAGGUACUCA